AUGGCUACCAACUACCAGCUUACAUUGUCCGACGAGUCCAAGGAGAGAAUUUUGAAGCUCAUGGAAUGGUCUAGAACCGCUGCCCACUACGGUUUCAUUCCUUUCAUUUUGUACUUGGGCUGGAACGCUACUCCAAACAAGCCAAACUUGUUCAACUUGUUGAGCCCCUUCCCUUCUGCCUAA